AUGGGAAAUAUCAUGUCCGUCUCAUUUGCUCCAGAAUGCACGGAGGCUAAAAACCAGUAUGAUGACUGCUUUAACAAAUGGUACACGGAAAAAUUUUUACAAGGUAAAUCGUUAGAAAAUGAAUGUACUGAAUUAUGGGAUUCUUAUAUCACAUGUGUUAACACCGCAUUGGCCACGCAGAAGAUAAAGCCAAUGUUGGAUAAGGCCAGAGAAGAUCAACCAUUUUCAUCAGAGGAAAUCAGACAGAGUGCUGGAACAGGGGAUUCGAAACCGGACACCAAACGCUGA